AUAACUUGUUAAGAAAGGAAAACCAUCUUUCUUCAAACCUUUCAGACCUUUUAAUCCAGUUUGUCGCCAAACUGAAAAUAUGGAGAUCACCAAGUUAGAAACUGCAGGGGAAGAGAAGGUCAGGUUUUUCUCGCGGCUGUGCAGAUGGCUCAAGGCCUUGCUCGGAAAGUUGAGUACCAAGGUUGUCAAAGUUGUGAAGAGCAUUAUAAAGCUAGGACAAGACGACCCAAGGAGAGUAACUCACUCUCUAAAAGUGGCUUUGGCUCUUACAUUGGUGUCCAUAUUAUACUACUGGAGAGUCCUUUUCGAUGGUAUUGGGAUUGCUGGAAUCUGGGCGGUGAUAACCGUGGUAGUAGUGUUUGAAUUCACUGUAGGUGCAACCCUCAGCAAAGGUUUAAAUAGAGGUUUUGCAACAUUCAUUGCUGGUGCUCUUGGCCUUGGAGCUACUCACAUAGCUAGUCUUUUUGGAGUGAAAGGAGAACCCAUUGUGCUUGGGAUCUUUGUCUUCCUACUAGCUGCAGCAUCUACAUUCUCACGGUUCUUCCCACGGAUAAAGGCGAGAUAUGACUAUGGGGUGUUGAUAUUCAUAUUAACAUUUAGCAUGGUGACUGUCUCGGGGUACCAUGUUGAAGGGAUCUUGGAGAUGUCAAAUCAGAGACUCUUAACAAUUGCAAUAGGUGGAGGAACCUGCAUGAUCAUAUCAGCUUUUGUUUGUCCAGUAUGGGCUGGUGAAGAUCUGCACAAGCUGAUAUCUUCCAAUAUAGAAAAUCUUGCAAACUACCUAGUUGGUUUUGGUGGUGAAUAUUUUCCAUUACCUAAGGAUGGAAAGUCUGCAGGCAUUGUCUCCAAAAGUAAGGAAUCAUUUCUUCAAGGAUAUAAGAGUGUCCUCAACUCAAAAAGCAGUGAAGAAUCCUUGGCAAAUUUUGCAAGAUGGGAACCAGGACAUGGCCAUUUUAAAUUUCGCCAUCCAUGGAAGCAGUACUUGAAGAUCGGUGCCCUUGCCAGGCAAUGUGCCUACCAGAUUGAAACUUUAAAUGGUCACAUCAACUCAGAUGUACAAGUUCCACCAGAAUUUUUACAGAUAAUUCAAGACUCCUGCAAAACUAUGAGUAUUGAGUCUGGAAAAGCGCUAAAAGCAUUAGCCGUAGCAAUCAAAACCAUGGAAGAACCAAAAGAUGCUUGUGAACAUUUGGAGAACUCCAAGACUGCAGUCAAAGACCUCAAAAUUGCACUCAAAGCUGCAUCACUAGAAACUGCAGACAUACUUGCAAUUGUACCAGCUGCAACAGUUGCUUCAAUACUAGUUGAGAUUGUGAAAGGGGUAGAAAAAAUUUCUAAAUCAGUUCAUGAGCUUUCUGAACUAGCACACUUCAAAAAAGCUGUGGAGUGCACUGUAUCACAAGAGAAGCCACUGUUGCUGCACAGGGGAAGCGUUAACCCUGUGCUUUUGGAUGGUGAAGAUGCCCAUGUUAUAAUCACCGUAGGUGAAACAAACAUUGGUUCCCAAGAAAAUGAGAUUAAUCCUCAGGCACCAAAAGGCCCAAAACCAAGGGAGGAAGCGUAA